AUGGGCCAAAAUCUUGCCCUAAGCAUUGCUGAGAAAGGAUUCCCAAUUUCUAAACCACGUGUCAUAAUUAUGCUUGUGAAGGCUGGACCUCCAGUUGAUCAAACCAUUAAAACUUCAUCGAUUUACUUGGAGAAAAGAGAUUGCAUCACUGAUGGGGAUAAUGAGUGGUAUGAAAACAGUGAGAGGAGAGGGAAAGCUAUGGCAGAAUUGGGACUGCUUUCUCUUGGAAUGGGAAUUAGCGAAGGAGGAUCUGGCAAUUUUGUUAAGAUGGUUCACAAUGGGACUGAAUAUGGUGAUAUGCAGCUGAUUGCGGAGGCCUAUGAUUUACUGAAAUCAGUUUGGAAGCUCUCUAAUGAAAGGCCUAUAAAGUGA